GGGUAAGCUUAGUAGGCGGUUAUCACAGGGGUUUUAUACAGAUUUGCAUUUCCCCACUUACUCCAGAGUCCAGAUUCUUGAAGAGUCCUCUGGAGAAUCCCUUGCUCUUCGCAGAGGAAUCGCCGACAGUGUUGUUCUUUACUGAAUGCAGAUCAAUGGCUGAGGCAGCAAAGGCAACCGCGCCAAGCAAUGAGCUAUUGGAAUGGCCUAAGAAGGACAAAAGAAGAUUCUUACAUGCUGUGUAUAGAGUGGGAGACCUUGACCGCACAAUCAAAUUUUACACAGAAUGCUUUGGGAUGAAGCUAUUGAGGAAAAGAGAUGUACCAGAGGAAAAAUAUGCCAAUGCUUUCCUUGGGUUUGGUCCUGAAGACUCUCACUUUGUGGUGGAAUUGACUUACAACUACGGCGUUGAUAAGUAUGAUAUUGGAACAGGUUUUGGGCAUUUUGCCAUAGCAACUCCAGAUGUUUACAAACUGGUUGAAGACAUUAAGGCCAAGGGUGGAACAAUCACUCGCGAGCCUGGUCCAGUUAAGGGUGGUAAGUCUGUCAUUGCUUUUGCAAAGGAUCCAGAUGGCUAUCUUUUUGAACUUAUCCAACGAGGUCCUACUCCUGAACCUCUCUGCCAAGUGAUGCUUCGAGUGGGCGAUCUUGAGCGCUCAAUCAAAUUUUAUGAGAAGGCUUUGGGAAUGAGAGUCGUGAAAAAGACUGACAGACCAGAACAGAAGUAUACCAUAGCAAUGAUGGGCUAUGCUGAUGAGUUGGAAACCACAGUUCUGGAACUGACAUACAACUACGGUGUUGCAGAAUAUACCAAAGGGAAUGCAUAUGCACAGGUUGCAAUCAGCACUGAUGAUGUGUACAAGAGUGCCGAGGUUGUAAACCUUGUGACCCAGGAGCUUGGUGGAAAAAUAACUCGACAGCCAGGACCAAUUCCUGGAAUCAACACCAAAAUCACUUCUUUCCUGGAUCCAGACGGGUGGAAAACAGUUCUGGUCGACAAUGCAGAUUUUCUGAAGGAACUUGAGUCAAACUAGUGGGGUCACCUAGCAAUACAAGAAAUGAUGUAUUCCCUUCGUAACUGCUUUAGUCUCUAGUCCAAUAAUUUGUGAACGAGCGGCAUUAGUCCCAGCCCUCCGUAACAGUUGCCAUGAGAUGCACCUUUCAAACUUCAUAUCCUGUGUAAACUAUUUCUAUCAUGCUGUUAUGCUUUAUGCUUGUGAAUGUCAUCGACAAAUUGCAAUA